AUGUCCUACAUUGCGAUUCAUGAAAAGAGGAAGAAAUCGGCUCGGAAGCCUGUAACUCGCUCGGUUUCGCAGAGCUUGCCUUUAAUCCAAGAAGAGUCUACUCAGGAAAGAUUUGUUGAUGAUGAAAUAUUGGUGGAUGGUUACGAACAGAAGUCUGAUUUGCCCCAAUCUGCUGAAGAGAUGGGUUUGACGGAAGAUGAAACAAACAAGCACGAUGAGCUUGCGACUGCUAGAAUGGCUGCUCCGUCAAGUUGGGCAGACUCAGUGGAGAUUGCUCAAGUUGGUAUUGAUGAAGUUAAGUGCCAGUCGGCUAAUUGGAGUUCUAUUGUCAUUUGCAUGGUUCUUGGAGCUAAUCCGUCAAUGGCUGUGUUUGAAGGGUUUAUCAAAAGGGUUUGGGGUCAUUUAGGGAUUGCUCAAAUAGCCAGGAUGACAAUGGGAUUGACUAUGGUCAAGUUUAAUGAUGAUGCUACAAGAGACCAUGUGUUGGAAACUGGCAUUCUUCAUUUUGAUAGAAAACCAGUGAUAAUUCGGCCAUGGUCUUCAGAUCUGAGUGCUAUUCGAAUGAUUUGUUCAGUGCCUUUUUGGAUCUGGUUACAAGAUCUAGGCCUUCAAUAUUGGGGAAGCAAAUGCCUCAGUGCACUUGUAAGUACAAUAGUCAAGCCGAUCAAGGUGGACAAGUUUACUCGUGAACGUUCUAGAGUUCAGUUUGCUAGGAUAAUGGUGGAGAUGGAUAUCACAGAUAAUCCGCCUAGGAAAAUUCAAUAUUUGAAUGAGCAUGGUCAGUUAAUAGAACAAGGGGUAGAAUAUGAAUGGUUACCAGAGAAAUGCAAAACUUGUGCGAGUUUUGGCCACUCUAUGGUUGACUGCCGUAAGGAGCAGAAAGUUCAGGGGAUUAAGAAGGACACUCCUUCAAAGAAUCCUCCUGUGGUAGGGAGGGACAAGGGUGAGGAAGCUGCUGAUCUUUCUUCUAGGAAUCCCUCUUUGGAAAAGAGAAGUAUAGAUGAUAAAGUAGUUGCUGGUAUGCCUAGAAUUAUUUCUAAGGAUCCGCCAGCUGAUAAUGGCCAGAUUGUGUGUGAAAAGGAUUGA